GCAAGCUAAAGUGAGAGCGAGACAUAGCCACUGCUGAGACGAAGACCCACCUUGUUCUUGGAGAGAGCUUUGUCAGUGCGUGCGGGAUGGAGCACCAGGGACAGCACGGCCACGUGACCAGCCGCGUCGACGAGUACGGCAACCCGGUCGGCGCCGGAGCCGGACACGGCCAGAUGGGCACCGGCGGCAUGGGAACACACGGGACAACCGGCGGCAUGGGAACGCACGGCACCACCGGCACCGGCACCGGCGGCCAGUUCCAGCCGAUGAGGGAGGAGCACAAGACCGGCGGCGUCCUGCAACGCUCCGGCAGCUCCAGCUCCAGCUCGUCUGAGGACGACGGCAUGGGAGGGAGGAGGAAGAAGGGCAUCAAGGAGAAGAUCAAGGAGAAGCUCCCCGGCGGCAACAAGGGCCAGCAGCACACGAUGGGCGGCACCGGCACCGGCGCCGGCGCCUACGGGCAGCAGGGCCACGGCACCGGGAUCACCGGCACCACCGGCACAACGGGCGCACACGGCACCACCACAACCACAGAGACCGGCGAAAAGAAGGGCAUCAUGGACAAGAUCAAGGAGAAGCUCCCCGGCCAAGAGAGAGAGGAGAUGGAGAACUACCAGGGACAGCACGGCUACACCGCUGACCGCGCCGACGUGUACGGCAACCCGGUGUACGACGGCGCUCCGGGGGGAGGACCCGCGGUGGGGAUGGGAGCAGCCGGCCACGGCGCCGGCGGCGGCCAGUUCCAGCCGGCGAGGGAGGGCCGCAAGACCGGCGGCAUCCUCCACCGCUCCGGCAGCUCCAGUUCAAGCUCGUCCUCCGAGGACGAUGGCAUGGGCGGGAGGAGGAAGAAGGGCAUCAAGGAGAAGAUCAAGGAGAAGCUCCCCGGCGGCAACAAGGGCACCCAGCAGCAGCAGAUGAUGGACGGCGACACCGGUGGCUACGGCGCCUACGGGCAGCAGGGUCACGCCGGAAUGACCGGCGGUGGCACUGGCCUGCACGGCGCGGAGUACGGCACCACCGGCGAGAAGAAGGGCUUCAUGGACAAGAUCAAGGAGAAGCUGCCUGGACAGCACUAAGCGAGCGAGAGCUCGAGCGGCUCCGAUCCAUCGACGCGUCGUCGGUCGUGACGUGUCGUACGUUUUAUGUAUCUCUGCUGAAUAAAAUAACGUGAACUGGAAUGUCCUGAGUUUGAGACAGAUAAUUCCAGUGCGUCGUCGAUCUGUACCGUUGCAAUGUAUGCUGGUGUCUGUUUGCACACAAAGGUUUUUAUGGAAGUGUGUUGACUUUUUAACU